UAUUUUCAAGAAAUAUUUCAUAAUUGUGGACGAAGUAGGCCAAAACUAAAUAAAAAAGCCAAUAAAAAGAAACCUUCAGAAAUUUAUCAGCUUGUGACCCUAGGAAAAGUUGUAGACUUAUGGUGUUUACUAACAGGAUAUAGCACAUCGUAUCCACCACAACCUGGAUUAUAUGAUCAAUGUAAACUUCCAUUUAUUAAUGACAAUGGUACAGUGUUUAUCUGUAGUCAUACCUACCAUUCAACUUGUUAUCACAGAAGAUGUAUCUAUUGUAAGAAGUUCUAUAAAAAAGGAGUGGUUAAAAAUAUUGAAUUAUUCUUAAAACGAAUCGAAAAAUCAAUAAAUACAUUUACCUUAGAGGAUCUUGUUGAUGAUGAUAAUACGAAGAUGGAGAUAAAAGAGAGAGAUGAUGAAAAUUCCAGGGAAAUAGAUAAAACACUAGAUAUUUUAUCUAAACUUAUAAUAGAAAUUAAUCAAAUAGAAAAUUGGUAA